AUCGAGUUGCAAAAUCGUAUUCGAAAGUAUGGGUGCUGACUCAUAACUAACGAUGACUUAAUUCCAAACGCCAUCAGCUUUUAGGAGCAGUGUUCCUCCUAUAAAUAGUGAGGGACGAGGAAGGAAGUCAUCAAUAAUAUACUUCAAAGAGGAAUCAAUGGCACAAUACCCAGCUCAAUCUGAGCGACUUUGGCUAGAGCCAUUGUCCGCAGAUAAACAUCUUGAUGAUUAUCACGAAAUGCUGUCUGAUCCGCGAGUUGAAUCAUGGACGUGAGAUGGGCCAUUCCAAUUCCUGCCAAUUCUACCACCUCUCGAUCUAAAGCCAUUGCUAACUCCCAAUCAAUGUAGAAGACCAACUGAAUCUAUCGCCGAGAGCAAAGCAUUCAUGAUCGCAAGAAUACCAAGUCCUGAAAAGCCAUGGAUUGAAAAUUAUGCCAUUUUACUGCGUCCGAAAUCAUCUUCCUCGGUUGACGAGAAGCCCAAAUUAAUCGGCGCAAUUGGAAUGAUAAGAUUCGAAGCUGGACAUGGCGCUGAGGUUGGUUACGGUCUACAUGCUUCAUAUCAUGGCAAAGGAUAUGCUACUGAAGCUAUGGAAUUGUUCUUGGGGCUUUACUGGAGCAAAGAGAGUAUGUGCUUACAACGCCUGUCAUGGUUGUCUUGAUUUUCUAACUGGAAUACAGGAGAAGGAGACUGGAACACAUUGGUUGCGGCUAUAAAUCCUGAGAAUAUUGCCAGUCAGAGGGUAGUAGAGAAGGUAGGUUUCAAAGGAGGGGACUUCCAGGAUGAGGAAUACGAAUUGUGGACGAAAGGGGGAAAGGAGAAGAAACGCGUCAGGCAUAGGGAAUGGUUAUUGUCCAGACCGGUAUGAUGGCCGUUACCAUCGGAAUGUAAUGAUUUAUGGACUUGUUCUCAAUUUUCAAUAGUCAUAACUAGUUCCAUAUACAAAAGUGCAUUAUCGGAAUAUUUU